UAACGUUUUGACAUCAAAGCAAAACACUAAGAAAUAGUAAAUAGUAAAUAUUAAAAUAGUGAAAUUUGAAUUUUUUUUUCUUGAAAUACAAUCAAGUUAUUAAAUAAAUAAUUUACAAUACAUUUAUAAACAUGUCUCAAGUGGUCACUACAACAAAUCUGCCAAUGUAUUCAAUUCAAACAUUCCUCAAAAACUAUAUACUGGUGGCUGGUGGUGGUGGUUCUAGCAAAACUGGCAUAACUAAUGGAUUUGAAGUAUUUAAAAUAAAUAGAGAUGGUAAAACUAUAUCAACAACAAAAGUCAUUCGUCAUGAUAGCGGUCCAAAUGUUAUUAUGAAUUGUUGUACAAAUAUAAAUGGUAAUACAAUUUAUAUUGCAGCAAAUGAAAAUGAUAGUUGUCGACAAUAUAUGGCUGAUAUUGUAAUAGAACCAACAUUUCAUAAUGGUAAAGCUGGUAAAGAAAUUAAUUUUAAAAUAACAACAGGAAGUUCAGUAAUAACAGACUUCAGUGAAGAUGAACCCUCACAAAGGAUUGUGAAAAUUAAUUAUGAUGGAAAUUUAAUGGUAACUGGAGGUACUGAUGGAUGCAUUCGUCUUUGGAACUUUCCAAUAGUUAAUUCAAAAGAUAUACCAUUAAAAACAUACAAAUCUCAUACUAAAGAAAUUGAUGACAUAGAUGUAAGUCCUGAUGGUAAGUUUAUAGUAAGUGUUGCAAAAGAUGGAAAAGCUUAUCAUUGGAAUACUGUUACAAAUGUACAUUCACCUCUUAUUCAUCCAGAUCCAGAUAAUGCUAAACAAAUUUUCAAAAGAUGUAAAUUUGGUGUAAUUGGAAAUAAACCGAUUUAUAACAUAUAUACCAUUGCAAAUGGUCCUAAACAAAAAUCAUACUUACAAAGAUGGUCAGAAAAUAAUAAAAUAAUUUACGAGUUAUUGUUUUCUGAGCCUACAUCAGCACUAGCAGUGCGUGAAGAUGGGUUGUAUAUUGCUGUGGGUACAAUGUAUUCAGGAAGUGUUAGUAUACAUGAAGCAAGUAACUUAAAAAUGAUCUAUAAUAUUAAACAAGCUCAUGCUAUGUUUGUUACGGGACUAGAAUUUUUGAAUAAAGAUUUAAUGCCAGAUAUGAAAACAGCAGUAUUAUCAAUAUCAGUAGACAAUCGUGUGUGUCUUCAUAGUGUACCAUCUAUAAAAUUAGUCCCGUAUUGGAAAAUGCUCAUAAUAAUACACUUCAUCCUAAUACUAUUUUAUUUUAUUAUUUUUAUAUUGUAAUUAAACUUUAAUUUAUUACUUAGAUAUAUUUAUAUUAAAUUUGUUAUGAUUAAAAAUCUUUAAAAAUUAUGCUCAUACUGUUAACUAGAUAUUUUAUAUUUUAAAUUUAAUUUAAAUAAUGUAAAAAUAGAGUUAAUUUGGUUAUUUUUUUAAAUCAACGACUUGUGCAUGUUUUAUUUGAAAUAUAAAUAUGUCUACCUAGGUAUGUUUAUUUAUAUUAUAUAAGCAACCAAUAUACAUUUUUGAUUGAGUCUGUAAUAUAUAUAAUAAGAAUUAUACUUACUAUUUUAUAAAUUACCUACCCAGAAAAUAACUUUUUAACUAUGCAUACCUAAUGAUGCCUUAAAACUGUAAAUAUCAAAUUAUAAUAAUUUAAUGUAAUUAUUUAUUAAUAAUAAUUAUUGGCCAAUUAUGCAUUGUAUUACUUUGAUUCUUAGGUCAAUAGUACCUAUUAUUUUUUUUUUUUUGGUGGGUAAUAAUUUUAAUUCUAACCUAACCUAACCUCUGUGAAUAAGUAUAAAAUAACAUUAAGUGCCGAGGUAAACUCUUAGUUUAGAGUUAGUUACUUUCUUAUUUUAUUUUACACAUGUUAUAUGAACACACAUGAACAAAUUGUAGUGCUUACAUGUUCAGUAAUUUUUAAUAAAUAGAUACCUACAAAA